GUGACCCCAUUCAUCUUUAUGUCUUACAGAUGAUAAAGAAACGAUGGAAGCGUGUGCUCCUUACAUUAGGGCUAAUUAUCGCCACUGCACACCUGUAUUUAACACUAUUUGCAGUGCAGGAGAGGUCAUAUAUACGGGAGGGUCGACAUCUAGAUUCCUACGUCAUACAAGGAACAACGGCUGGGCAGACGUUCAACUUGAACAAGGUCACACCAAAAGUCACAAGAGUUGUUGCAAUGGACAAUGACAAAAACAUUUUUUACAAAUUAAACCAAAAACAAUUAACAACAAGAAAUCCAAAUAUUACAACAACCCUAGUCGAUGUCUCUUCAAACACGUCUAGCACACAACACACGACACAGAUUGUAAAUAUGGUCCCUGAGAUCAGUUACAAUGUUACUCACAUACUAAUUGUAGCCUAUAUUAGGAGUGGUUCGUCUUUGACGGGCGAUAUUCUUCAGCAGGACCCAGAUUCUUUUUAUGUGUAUGAACCUCUACACUUUACAGAAAAGAUGGGAAAGAAGCUUCAGUCCGUGCAACUUUUAAAUGGCAAAUAUGUAAAUAUUGAAAGGAAACUAUUCUUCAAUCGAGCAUUUACAAUCAUCAACUCAUACUUCGACUGUAAUUUCUCUAAUCUUGACUUUGGAACAUUAGUUCACGGAUUUCAGACAUUUGGAAAUAAAACCAAUAAAUUUAUUAAGUGCUAUGUGAAGAAAUUAGGACAAAAGAUAAAUAAAAAACUAGCAACACAAAUGUGUGCGGUAGAACUAGAAAAAAUGUGCCAAAAUUCUAGAUUUCGAACUAUUAAAACAAUAAGGAUACCUAUGCAGUAUGCUGAGGUCUACCUGAAGAGGUACCCCAGUCUUAAAGUCAUUCAUCUUGUCCGAGACCCCAGGGCUCAGGUGAAUUCUAUAGUUUCAUUGGCAAAUACCACGAGAUACAAUGUAGGUUUCGCAAAACAAAAGUGCAGAGCGAUGGAGAGAGACCACUAUUUUUCAGAGGUGUACCGCACCAAGUAUCCGGGACGUAUAAAGCGUCUUUAUUACGAGGACCUAGCGUCUAGUCCCAUAAAAACUUCUGAAUCGCUUUAUGAAUUCACGGGCAUGAACUUUACCUCCGUGGUCCGGGACUAUAUCACUGGUAUCACCAGCGCAGGGCUGAGCAGUUGUGCCAUUUGUAGCAAACGGGCGAACUCUUCUGAACAUGUGGAAAAAUGGCGCCUAAAACUAGCAUUCAAGGAUGUGCAGCUCAUUGAUAAAGAGUGUUUGAGUGUUUAUAAACAUUAUGGAUUUCUACCUGUUCAAACAGAGAAGGAUUUAAGUGACCUUUCUAUACCUCUUAGGAAAUCAAUUGAUAAAAUAUUGUAAUAAAAUGUUUUACCAUAUAAUAUACUUCUGUUAUGUUAGAAAAAUACCUUUGAGUUUUGUUUAAUAAUUCACAUUGAAUUAUUAUUGUCAUUUAUGUUAGUUCGUUAUCAUUGCUGUGUUUCAUUAAAAUUAUUAUAGAUAAUUUGUAUGAGAGGUGUCACUGAUUUCCUGUUGCCAAACAAUAAUAUAAAUUUAAAGGACUAAGAACUAAUUAUUCAUCCUGAUCAAACUCCAAUGUUUCUGA